AUGAGUUCAAUAAACUACUCCACUCCUGCUAAAGAAGAGGUCUGCUGGACGGAGAAAGAAGAAGAGGCUGUUAAAGUUAAACAAGAAGUAGAGGAGGAAGAAGAGGAGGGGCAGAUUACUGUCACGUUGAAAGAGGAAGAAGAGGAGGGGCAGAUUACUGUCACGUUGAAAGAGGAAGAAGAGGAGGGGCAGAUUACUGUCACGUUGAAAGAGGAAGAAGAGGAGAGGCAGAUUACUGUCACGUUGAAAGAGGAGGAAGAGGAUACGGGAGACCUAAGUAACACCAGGGAAAGACCAGACUCAGAAGAACCAGAGGACGAAACAUCCAAACCAGCAAGACCAUACCACUGCUCCCAGUGUGCAAAGAGUUUUACCCAGUUAGGGAACAUGAAAAGACACGAGAGGACACACACAGGCGAUAAACUGUUCCAAUGCUCCCAGUGUGGAAAGAGUUUUACCCGGAUAGGGUCCCUGAAAAUGCAUGAGAGAAUGCACACAGGAGACAAGCCUUACCUCUGCUCCUUGUGUGUAAAGAGAUUUUCCUCAUCAGGAUGCCUGAAAAUACAUGAGAAGACGCACACAGGCGAUAAACCUUUCCAGUGCUCCCAGUGUGGAAAGAACUUCUCCUUGUUAGCGAGCCUGAAAAGACAUGAGAGGGCACACACAGGAAAUAAUCCCCAUCACUGCUCCCAGUGUGGAAAGAGUUUUACCCGGAUUGGGUCCCUGAAAAUGCAUGAGAGAAUACAUACAGGAGAAAAGCCUUUCCCCUGCUCCCAAUGUGGAAAGUGUUUUAACCAGUUAAGGGACCUGAAAGAUCAUGAGAGAAUACAUACAGGAGAAAAGCCAUACCACUGCUCCCAGUGCGGAAAGAGUUUUAACCAGUCAAGGGACCUGAAAGAACAUGAAAGAAUACAUACAGGAGAAAAGCCGUACCACUGCUCCCAGUGUGCAAAGCGUUUUACCCAGUUAGGUCACCUGAAACGUCACCAAAGAACACACACCGGAGAGAAGCCUUACCACUGCUCCCAGUGUGGAAAGAGUUUUGCCCAGUUAAGUCACCUAAAAGAACAUAAGAGAUUGCACACAGGGGAGAAGCCUUACCAUUGCUCCCAGUGUGGAAAAACGUUUUCCUCGUCAACGAACCUGAAAAGACAUGAGGACACACACAGGAGAUAAGCCUUUCCACUGCUCCCAGUGUGGAAAUAGUUUUUCCUUGUUUGCGAACCUGAAAAGACAUGAGGACACACACAGGAGAGAAGCCUUUCCAAUGCUCCCAGGACCUGUAAAUUGAUAUUUCACGUCACAUUGACUUAAUGUUCAUCAGAGAACAUACACAAUGCUCCCAUUGUCUUAUAUUUUUUUACGAAGAAUGUGUUUUUUUGUUUAUGCCAUAUUAAAUCGAAUUGUACAAAAAUUAUAUUUGCAUGUUUUUAUUAGAAAACAUAAAUUGAAUAUGGAGUAUUUCAGUUUAAAUAUAUAGUAUGCCAGUGUCAAUGUAGACGCUCUGUGAUUAAAUGAUCAUUUUAAAA